CAAGAAGUGCGGAACAGCAUGUCAGGACUGGAAGGCAGUGAUAGAUCCUGAAAAACUCCACAGGCUCUUUGCUCAGCCAGCAGGCUCUCCUCCCACUCCUGGGCCCUGGCAGCCUCAUUAGCUGGCACCACUGCCAGGGCGGUUGCCAGGGGUGUGGCAGGUGUGGGUUACACUUUGUGUUCAGGAAGCUGCUCCCCUUUGUUUCCAAUCUCCAGCGGGUCUCUCCAUGUGCUUCUCAAGCUUGGGUCGGACUGGGGAGAGGGAUGGAGGGCAUGGGCCAUGGGCCCCGUAGGGUCCUGCCACUGACCUGUACACCCCCACUGGCUCACUUUCCUCAGCGGCCGGGCAUGUCACCAGGGAACCGGAUGCCCAUGGCUGGCUUGCAAGUGGGACCCCCUGCUGGCUCCCCAUUUGGCACAGCUGUCCCACUGCGGCCUGGCAUGCCACCCACCAUGAUGGAUCCAUUCCGAAAACGCCUGCUUGUGCCUCAGGCCCAGCCACCGAUGCCUGCUCAGCGCCGAGGGCUAAAGAGGAGGAAGAUGGCAGAUAAGGUUCUACCUCAGCGAAUUCGGGAACUUGUCCCAGAGUCUCAGGCAUACAUGGAUCUCCUGGCUUUUGAGCGGAAGCUAGACCAGACCAUUGCUCGCAAGCGGAUGGAAAUUCAGGAGGCAAUCAAAAAGCCUCUGACGCAAAAACGAAAGCUUCGAAUCUACAUUUCCAAUACAUUCAGUCCCAGUAAGGCAGAAGGUGAUAAUGCAGGAACUGCAGGGACCCCUGGAGGAACCCCAGCAGGGGACAAGGUGGCUUCCUGGGAACUCCGCGUGGAGGGCAAACUGCUGGAUGAUCCUAGCAAACAGAAGAGAAAGUUUUCUUCAUUCUUCAAGAGCCUUGUCAUUGAGUUGGACAAGGAACUGUAUGGGCCUGACAAUCACCUGGUGGAGUGGCACCGGAUGCCUACCACUCAGGAGACAGAUGGCUUCCAGGUGAAACGGCCUGGAGACCUCAAUGUCAAGUGCACACUCCUGCUCAUGCUGGAUCAUCAGCCUCCCCAGUAUAAACUGGACCCCCGACUAGCGAGGCUACUGGGAGUGCACACACAGACUAGGGCUGCCAUCAUGCAGGCCCUGUGGCUUUACAUCAAACACAACCAGCUGCAGGAUGGACAUGAGCGCGAGUACAUCAACUGCAACCGUUACUUUCGCCAGAUUUUUAGCUGUGGACGACUCCGUUUCUCCGAGAUUCCUAUGAAACUGGCUGGACUGUUGCAGCAUCCAGACCCCAUUGUGAUCAACCAUGUUAUUAGUGUGGACCCUAAUGACCAGAAGAAGACAGCCUGUUAUGACAUUGACGUGGAGGUAGAUGACCCACUGAAGGCCCAGAUGAGCAAUUUUCUAGCCUCUACCACCAACCAGCAGGAAAUUGCCUCUCUUGACGUCAAAAUCCAUGAGACCAUUGAGUCCAUCAACCAGCUGAAGACUCAGAGGGAUUUCAUGCUCAGUUUUAGCACCGACCCCCAGGACUUCAUCCAGGAAUGGCUCCGUUCCCAGCGCCGAGACCUCAAGAUCAUCACUGAUGUGACUGGAAAUCCUGAGGAGGAGAGACGAGCUGCUUUCUACCACCAGCCCUGGGCUCAGGAAGCAGUGGGGAGGCAUAUCUUUGCCAAGGUGCAGCAGCGAAGGCAGGAACUGGAACAGGUGCUGGGAAUUCGUCUGACCUAACUGCUCAGGGAUCUUUCUCUGUCCUGGAGCCUGGCAGGGGACCACCCUUUGGGUCCUGGCUUGUGCCACAGACAUGUAGGAUGGGGUGAGGGGUAUCUCCUGGCACCCUAUACUGCCAGAUUUAGUUUCAUAAAUGUAGUGUGAUAGGAUUCCUGGUUGCUCGGUCCCCAAAGCCUUAUUACUUUUUGCAUUGGCUUUAAUUAGGUUCUCAAGAUGCCUCCUCUGUCCCCUGCAGGCAGGCCCAGGUAGGACUGCUGGAGGCAGUGCUUUGGCAUUUUUAGGAACCAAAGGCUGCUGGGUUUGCAUGUUUACAAGCUCUCCUCCUGGGCCAGUGUCAGAGCUGGAUCUGGGGAGCUGGGCAAGGAAGAGGAGGAGGCCCAGCCUAGACUCUUCCUAGCCUUUCUAAACCAAAGUUCUUUGCCAUUCCUACAAGCCCAGCCUUGCUGCUGGUUUUUUUCCUUUCCUUUGGGUAUUUGCACUAUGUGGGGAGCAGGUUUUUCUAUGUGGGAGCCACUUUUUUUUGUACAGGGGUAAGUUGGGAUUUUUCAGGGAGCCCUAUUUGGUGCCUCCUUCCUUGUAUUUUCUCAAUCUAUGCAAGCGGCUCUGGCCGCCAUCAUCUCCUGGGACGCCAGGGGCUCCCCACCAAGGGGGAGGUGGAACCUCUGAGAGGGAGGGAGGGGUGUACCAAUUCUUUAUCCUGGCCUGAGCAGGGGGUGUGCAUGGCAGAUGGCAGGGUAUGGGGGGGAGGCUAGGAGGACUGUUGUGCCCUUUGUAACUUGGUGAACUUAGGGCUUGGCAAAUGCCACUUCUGGAAGGUUUGGAAGUUUCCAAAUAUAAAUUCUUUUGUGUACUGGUGGUGCCUAGACCUGGUCAUUGAAUAGUGUGGCCACUCUUAA